AUUACAUAAGAUUGGUAUUUCUACAUUCUUGCAAAGCGACUAACAGGCAUAACAUUUCGGAGGUAUUAACCCAUUGAACCGCUUACCCGCCGAAGCCGUAACUGUCAAAACUGUGAUGAGUUUUAUAAUACACUGUACCUGGAAAAGAUCAUCAAGGCAAAUGGUGGAGAUCUUCGACAAGCCGCCCUCUUCCUGUCCUCGUCGAGGCCACCAGGGUUAGUUGCCCUCAGGUAAAUUAGAUGGAUGAUUCCUGCAGUUUCCAGAAGGCUUGCUGUCUCUGAGACAAGGUAGUACUGUACAAAUGAAAAGUCUCACAAUGGCUGCCAAAGUUCUAAGAUCCAGUGUACAAGAAAACAUCUUAAGAAUUCAAAAGGCAUUCUUGGAUGGUGUGAAUGCUGUUCAACCACAUGAGCUUAUUGGAAAAUAUUUAAAACAAGAUACAGAUAAGUUGUUCAUUAAUGGUACACAGUUUGACCUUCAGCAAAAUGUGUAUGUGGUUGGAUUUGGAAAAGCUGUUAUUGGAAUGCUUCAGCCCAUUCAGUUAGCAUUGAUGACUUCAAAAGGUGAAUCUCACCUGAACAGAGGGAUCUUAAGUGUUCCAUUUGGGAUUCAGAGAACACUUGUUAAUAAACUUCCUUUGUUACCAAGUGAGACGUCAUACAUUGAAAUUUUGGAAGGUGCCAAAGAAAAUAUUCCUGAUGAAGCUUCAUUUGCUGCUUCUAAAAAAAUAGUUUCACUAGUGAAGGAAUUAGGAAAACAAGAUCUUUUAUUGGUUUUGAUAUCAGGCGGAGGCUCGGCUCUCCUGCCGUACCCAGUUCCUCCUCUUACAUUAGAUGAGAAAAGUGAAAUGAUUAGAUCACUAAGCCAUGCAGGAGCAUCCAUCACUGAGCUCAAUACUGUUAGAAAAGUCCUGUCUGUUACAAAGGGAGGGGGAUUGGCAAAAUUAACCAAUGCAAGAAUUGUUUCCCUAAUUCUGUCAGAUAUUAUCAACAGCCCCAUUGACAUGAUUGCCAGUGGCCCUACUGUACCUAACAGAGAUGCUCCUGGAGCUGCUGAGGAGAUUCUGAAGAAAUACAACAUAUCAACUCCAGAAUGUAUCUCAACAAUUAUUCAGAAGAAAACAAUAAAUUCUUCGUUGUCACAAUUUCCCCAUGUUACUAACCUCAUCAUAGGUAGUAACGAAACAGCUUUGGUAGGUGUUGAAGCUUCAGUAAGGGAUGAUAGCAACAGCCUCUCAUUGGUCCUCACUUCGGCUCUCACCGGUGAAGCCUCUACUGUGGGUAGAAAUAUAGCGGAGCUAAUAGUGGCCAUGACUCACAUAAUGUGUGGCCAUCAAAGUGAGCUCUCUGAGCAUUUACUCUUGGAUUUGUGUGUCAGUGUGGAUAAAAGAAAAUCCAUCACAGAAAUCUUAAUAAAGAGUUCAGAAUUCAAAUAUCCUAUAUGGUUAAUUUUUGGUGGUGAGACUACUGUUACUGUCAGAGGAUCAGGCCGAGGAGGAAGAAAUCAAGAAAUGGUCCUGUCUACCAGUGUGGCUCUAGAAGAGAAGCUUCAUGGAUCAGAAUUCAUUGGAGAAAUAAUUUUUUUGUCUGGUGGAACUGAUGGCAUCGACGGUCCUACUGAUGCAGCUGGAGCUCUCACAUACUGGUGCUCUUCAGAAAUUGGCAUCAGAUCACAAGCACAGGAAGCUCGGGAACAAGGCCUUAUUCCAGAGGACUUCCUUGGCAUCAAUGACUCCUAUACAUACUUCACUCAGCUGAGUGCUGGUCAGUAUCUUCUUAAACCUGGUCAUACUGGGACCAAUGUUAUGGAUUUACAAAUCAUUUUUAUUAAUCCAAAAUAAUGAGAGCUAAAAUAAUAUUAAUGUAUACAUACUGUAUAAGAUUUAUUGGUUGGCUUUAACUGUGGAUGCAUUAUAAUGUAAAGUAGAGAACCUCAUUGUGUGACAAUGAUGGUUUCUUGCAAUGAUCAUGUGUGCAGUGCAGCUGCAUCAGUCUUCAAUAAAGUCUCAAACUCUACAACUUCCCUGGUAUCUUGGUAUCUGUCAUAUAUAUUCUAAUGUUAAACAUGCUACUUUAUAGUGAUUGUACUGUGUAUUAUUUUACUGUUGGUUCCUCCUUGUUGUAAACUGGGGGAGCCUGCUAGGGUUACCACAGGUGCAGAGUACCGUCUAAUGGGGUUAGGAGAGGCCCAGCCCCCAGGGGAAACAGAACCAGAACCCAAAUAAAUAAUGAUGUAUGAAAAAAAGACUGCUGUCUAGAACAGAUCACCUAACCGUGAACCAGAUGGGUGAUGGAAAUUCCAGCUGAAGUUUAACUAUAAUUUAAUAUAUUUAAUUUAAAUUAAUUUCUGAAUUUAAUAUAAUUAAAUUAAUCCUAAAACCCCCAAGUGCAACAGAAAUACUUUACCAUCUCGAUCUUACUUUAAAUCUCUGACUCGCAUAGGCAGAUGAGAUGAGAUCCACAUACAACAACCUAGUGGUAAAGUCUACGAUUCCUUAAGGGACAAAUUUACUUAACCUAAAUGCAUAUAAUUAUAUCAGAUACGUGUUCAAUGGCGAGUACCUGGAACUCAAGGAUAUGACUAUGGAACACAGGAAAAUGUACACUUAAAACCGAAGGGUGGCACGUGGUAAUGGUACUUAGUUACACUUAAGAAGUAAGAGUAGGAGAGGAGGAGGGGACACCUAACCAACACGUCCAACCAAGCCCAAAGAUGCUGCAGAAGAGAGCCACCUACAUCCUUCCCAAGUGGCUCAUUGCCUGGCUUUAUCACCUGAUCAUACAGUAACCAUUUACUUAUCCUCUUAUACAAUAAUUAAUUGCCAUCAUUCAAUUCUUAGUAUAACUGUAAAAAUCAUUCAAUUCUAGUAUAAAGCCUUGAUCCUAGCUUUACAAUACACUAACAAACUAUUAUCACAGUGUAACUACAAAACUAGGAGCAUCAAAAUGCUCUUACGUCUGGCAAGGACGCAAUCGAGACAUUUUGGGGCAAGCCAGCCUGUAUAUUAACAUACACACAUUCCUUCCUUACCCCCAAACCUAACUGACUAGCCCUAUCAUAUAAUAAUAUAUUUAUUAAAACCUUUUCACCAAAUAAUAUCCAUGCAUUUAGAGCCUAUCAUGAGUGAAGGGGGUCCUAUUUCAUAUGUAAACAAUUGCUAUACGAUCCUGGACCAUCUGCCCCAGUGCAGUACUGGCCCCAGGGUCAUAACACUCUUGAACCGAUCCUGCUGCAGUAUACACCUACUUGUUGCUCAUUAUUUACAUUUAUUUUUUUUGGCAAAAUAGUCUAACUUUUGCUGAAAUAAUUAUCCAAGCGUGCUUGAGACUUUUCUGCAUCUGGUACAAUGAUUGCUUUGAUUUUUUUUUUUUAAAUUGCCUUGAUUUUCAUGUGAUUUGUACAAUAAGUUUUUAGUUCAAGGAAAAUGAGGCAGAGUAGUGGAAUGUACACUAAUAUAGUACAAUUUAUAUAUAUAAAAUACUGAAGUUAAUUCACAAAAAUAAACAUAAUUGGAAUACAAAAUUCUGACCUUCA